AUGUUCAAGCUACUCCCCUUCGCUCUCCUGGCGACUCUUGCCGUCGCUGAUCCUACCGUUUACCUUAUCCGCCACGGUGAGAAGCCCGAUAGCGGUGAUGGUUUGAAUGCACAGGGCCUGGAGCGUGCUCAGUGUCUGCGCAAUGUUUUCGGUGCUAGCUCUGGUUAUGAUAUCGGUCAUAUCAUGGCUCAGACUCCUUCUAGUAGUGGCAAGCGCCAGCGUCCUUACGACACGGUCGAGCCUCUGGCUGAGGAUCUUGGCCUGACUGUUGACACUUCGUGUGACCGUGAUGACCCGAAGUGUGUUCAGAAGGUGGUUGAUAACUACACCGGCAGUGGCAACAUUCUUAUCUGCUGGGAGCAUGACGCACUUACGGACAUCGUGGAACAGUUGGGCGAUGAUAAUGCUCCGGAUUAUCCCGACGACAGGUAUGUUCCACGGCCCGUGAAAGAUGGGGAUGAUUCUCUGGAAGUUGUGUGGAACAGAGCUAAUUUCGACAAUAGCUUCAACAUCAUCUGGACUGAUCCUUCUCCUUAUACUUCGAUUACAUCGGAGACCAGUGAGAACUGCCCCGGUCUGGAUAACUAG